CUGCUCCUGCCGCCGCCGCCGCUUCUCCGCGAGGGAGGGGAGAGGCGGCCAUUUUGUCCGGCGCUGCCGUGGGUGUUCCUGCUGCUCCUCCUGUGCUGAGGCGGCCGAGCGAGGAGGAGGAGGAGGAGGGGCGGAAGAAGGAACCGGAGGGUGAAGAAGAAGCCGGGAGGGCGGGAAGCCGGCGGCGGGGGAGCCGCGGAGGUCCAGCUCCCUCCUUCCCUGCCCGGCCGCUGAGAGGCGAUGGCGGAUAUUGACAAGCUCAACAUCGACAGCAUCAUCCAACGGCUGCUGGAGGUGAGAGGAUCGAAACCAGGCAAAAAUGUCCAACUUCAAGAGAAUGAAAUAAGGGGAUUGUGCUUGAAAUCUCGAGAGAUUUUCCUGAGUCAGCCCAUUCUUUUAGAACUCGAAGCACCCCUUAAAAUAUGUGGUGACAUCCACGGACAAUACUAUGACUUACUUCGACUCUUUGAAUAUGGAGGCUUCCCACCAGAAAGCAACUAUCUCUUCCUCGGUGACUAUGUCGAUCGAGGGAAGCAGUCUUUAGAAACCAUUUGCCUCUUACUGGCUUACAAGAUAAAAUAUCCAGAAAAUUUUUUCCUCCUUAGAGGGAACCAUGAAUGUGCCAGCAUUAAUAGAAUUUAUGGAUUCUACGAUGAAUGUAAAAGAAGAUAUAAUAUAAAGCUGUGGAAAACCUUUACUGACUGCUUUAACUGCCUGCCGAUUGCAGCCAUUGUGGAUGAGAAAAUCUUUUGCUGUCAUGGAGGCUUAUCACCAGAUCUCCAAUCAAUGGAGCAGAUUCGACGAAUUAUGCGCCCCACCGAUGUGCCGGACCAGGGCCUCCUUUGCGAUCUGCUGUGGUCUGACCCCGACAAGGAUGUCUUGGGAUGGGGAGAAAACGACCGAGGCGUCUCUUUCACAUUUGGUGCCGAAGUGGUUGCAAAAUUCCUUCACAAACAUGAUCUGGAUCUCAUAUGUAGAGCUCACCAGGUGGUUGAAGAUGGGUACGAGUUCUUUGCAAAAAGGCAACUGGUGACUCUGUUUUCUGCCCCCAAUUACUGUGGGGAGUUUGACAAUGCAGGCGCCAUGAUGAGUGUGGACGAGACUCUGAUGUGCUCCUUUCAGAUCUUGAAGCCUGCCGAGAAGAAGAAGCCGAAUGCUAGCCGGCCUGUAACGCCACCCAGGGGUAUGAUCACAAAACAAGCAAAGAAAUAAUUAUCUUGGCACUGCCUAGUUGGGACUUGUAUUAUAGUAUAUAAUCUCCAUUUUUUUAAAAAAAAUAUGGUAACCUGUAUCGGUCAGCUUGCUAAGACUAGAUUAAAGUGUUUUGUGUUUUUUGUUUUAUUUUUUUCAUUUUUGAUGGAUGGCAUUUGCUGGUUGUAACAGCAAAUGAGACUUUCUCCCUUUUCAAGAAGAGUUUUAAGAAUUCUGUAUUCCUUUGGAGAGAGCCCCCACCCCUUCCCAUCCACC